AUGGAGAUAGAUGUCAAUUCUGCCAUAAUCACUGAAGAUGAUUGGAGAAAUCCUAUCAUAAAUUACUUACAGCAUCCAACCCUGCCCUCUGAGAAAAGAGUCAGAAUUAUGGCUUUAAAUUACCUUAUGUGGAAUGGAGAUUUGGUUCGUAAAAGCAAGGAUGAGGUACUUCUAAGGUGCCUUGGAAAGAAAGAAUACAUGAAAGUCAUGGGAGAAACUCAUGAAGGAAUCUGUGGAGCUCACCAAGGAGGAAGAAAGAUGUGCUGGUUAAUUAGGAGGUAUGGCUACUUCUGGCCAACUAUGAUAAAGGAUUGCAUUGACUAUUCCAAGGGAUGUGAGGCUUGUGAAAGGCACGACCCAAUCCAACAAGCUUCGUCAGUUCCCAUGAAUCCAGUAGUCAAACCAUAG